UUGUGUCCACACUGAACAUCCAGGAUGGCAGGGAUUAUUCUGUUUCUCUUGCUUCUUGGUGUUCCUCUUUACAAGACAGAGGAGCAUGUUGUCAAUGAGCUGUACACACUGAUAGAAAAGGGUCAGACCAGCUUUGUGGAUCCAGCUCCGAGUAACCAGAGUCGGUUAGUGGUAAAAGAGCCUUCCUUGCCCAUCAAUGAGCUUCUAGAGAAGAGCAGCAAGACCAGCGAGUCCAAAUUCACCCUCCAUCCUCUACCCUCUGCUGUCUGGCCAAAGCACAGUGACCUGGCCCCCAUCCCUCGCCACCACAGUCCCCACAACAAGAGCAAAAAGGGCCCCAAGAGUGACCGUCUUGUAGAGCACAACAGUGAGAAAACUAGAGGAGAAGUUGCUGGUUUGCUUCCAAAAACACAGCUGACAGGAGCUACAGCUACUGCCACCAGCAACCGCACUGUGCAGAAAACCAACCAGGACACCCAGUCCAACAUCAGUCCUCCACAGCAGAGCGAACCAGACGGACACCCAAACUCCAGAAACAGGGGUCCACCCCACAUACAGCCUCAGGCUCAGCCUCACCAACCAGGCAACUCCCCACGCAGAGAUCCCCCAAACCGACGGCUGGACCCAGAGGAGAACAGGCCGGGGAAGUCCAGUCUAUAUCAGUCAGGUAUCGGUGCAGCAACCAGGAACAACAGCCGCCCCCCUGUCGUCUUCAACCGGCGCUCCUCCAGCUUGCUUUACCAGUUCGACAUCCUGAGGCGAGAGUCCGACUUCACACAUGAUGCCUUCUGCAUGAGCGAAUGCAGGAAGGAGAAAGAGGAGAGAGAGUAUUAUUGCUACAGUGAGUUUGCUAUCAAUGGGAUAGUUCACGACAUCGAUGUGGUUCGUAAAGGAAUACGGCUCAUUACACUGAUGGUGGGCAGCGAUGGCUUCUACAAGAUGAGUCGUCUCUAUGUGACGCCAGACAGCUUUUUUUUCAAAGUUCGCCUUCUUGUCCUGGACACCUACAGGUGCAGCAAGCCAUGCCCUGACAUCAAGCUUGGGACCAGAUACAUAAUAAUGGGCCAGAUCUACCACCGGAGGCGCCAUCUUCCCAGUGACCUCCUGAACCUACUUGGCGGCAAACUGAAGCCCGGAGACGGCCUCCUGCGAAGUAACAGCUACGUGAAGAGGUUCAACAAACGAAGGCACCAGAAAGCUCUGGAGGCCACCCGCUCCAGGUGUAGGUGAAGCAAAGAUGUGACUAUUACCCCCUGCUGCAGGGGAAAAGACAUUGCAGCUUACGUGAACUGAUCAUAACUAACCCCUCAGUAUUGUGCAAGACAGAAGACAUUUUGCGGAAAGCAUGGAUUUAUUUUCUUAUGGACUGCUAUGAUGUAUCAUAAUUCGGGGAGAGCUUUUCUACUGAUCUGUAAAGUUCCUGAAGUACUGACUUGCGGUCUCUUUGAUAGAAAACACAAGCAGCUUCAAUUAAAUGGAUCUUCCAUGAUCAUUUUGUAAUGUUUGAGGCAUCAAAGAAGGGCUUCCCUUCAGCUCUCUAUCAUUUUUCUCCUCAUUCUUUCAUGGCUGGUUCAUGAAGUUCCUGAAUUGGAAAGGUAUCAAUCUGGCUCAGUUUUAAAGGGAAAUUUAGCUCUGUAGCAUGCCUCUGUCCAUUUAGCAUAGAAUUUGCCUAUUUUAUCAUCUUGUAUCACCAUUUACAUCUGCAUUGUUUUUUUUG